UGAACACAACCAGUUCCAAAAUGUCGGCCGAACGCGAUCAAUUGAUCUGCAACGCACGCGAGUGCUUCAAGAAGAUCGAGGAUACCGCGUGGAUCACUUGCUGCUCGCACAUAUUUUGCGCCCAACAUGGCAAGGAAAUCAAGCUCCGGCAGGCAACGUCACCGGGUUGUCCGGCCUGUGGAUCCCGCUUCCGGAACGAAUCCGACCUCGUCGAACGUAAACUGAACCAUUCGUUGCAGUUCAGAGCGUUGCUGCUGUGUGGAUACAGUCCUGAACUGGUGAUGGAAAUCGCAAACAACGCAAUUACGUUUUGGAACUUCCAAAAGCAUCAAGUUUGCUCGAACCUCGAACGUAAAGUCGAGUAUUACAGAGAAACUAUCGCCACGUUGAAGCGGAAACUGACGCAGGAGAAAGGUGAAGCCGAGGGUAAGAUUCUUCGCUUGGAACAACAGCUCGAGCAGACGAAGUCAAGGAUGGCCGAAUUGAACGAAGCAGCAGCAAGCUUGACGAGAGACAGGCGAGGUGAGCUUUCCAGGAAGGACCGCUGCGAAAAGAAACACCGAACGGAUGAUUUUCUAUUCUGAGUGUUUUCUUGGGAAAGCUCCUUUUUCCCUUCAUAUCCGAAAUA